CGACCUGACAAUCAUUUAAAUUUUCAUGCCUCAAAAAUUUUUAUUUUUAACAAAAUUAUUUUCUCAACAAAUAUUUAUAUUUUAACUAGCUAUAGAGUAUCAUUUUACAAUUUUCACGUCCUCCGCAUAUAGCGUGGGAUCCGCCCCUUACCUCCACUUAAAUUGUAUCACGCGCAAAAAUAUAAUAAGGGCAUAAUAUUUCUUUGAAAUAAACAUCUUCAAAAUGCCAUCAUUUUUAUUUUUUAAUGAAAAAAAAAUUCUGAAUUUUUUUCUAGAUUUUUCAAAUUUUGGCACUUUACGCAAGAGUGCCGGAAAAAUAUUUUUCCUCACUUCCUUAGAUCGGUCACUUUUUCUAGUUUUUAAUUUCUGUUGAUGUUUGUCGUAAGAUAUUAGGCAAAAGGUUCACUAUAUUUCAAUAAUUUUUAUGGGAAUAAAGUGACCAUAAGAUUAGAAAACCCAGAGUUACCGGGAGUCUCGGGUCCCCAUUAUACAAAGUACAGCCUAAAUUCUCAUAAAAUUAAAAUUUUUUAAAGAAAAAUUUUUUUAUUUUUUUUUGCAUAAAAAUAUUCCCUUUUCUAUUUUUGGCCUUAUUAUUUUUCCAAUUUAUUUUUCCUCAAUGCUAAAUUUAUUUUUAUUUUUGUUUAAUAUUUAUUUUCCUUCCACAAAUGGUGCCAAUUAUUUUAACAUUUUUUAUGUUAUUCUUUAUUUUUAUUUAAUUAAUUCUGUUUUUGUAUUUCAUUUUCUUUUAUUUAUAUUUUUCUGUAU